GGCACUGGAGGGAUUCAAAGGAAGUUAUGUUCUGGCAGAGUGUUGUCUCCAUAGGAUCCUGAAUGGCUCCAGUUAAAAUCAGCUAUGUGGUGUCCUUCUCAUCCCAGGACCCCAAGUACCCGGCAGAGAACCUGCUGAGUGAGGAUGGCGUACGACCCUGGCUUGGCUGCCCCAAGAAGCACAGCAGGCAGCUGAGUGUGGAGCUGCAACUGGAGAGAGCCAGUCCCAUUGGAUACAUUGACAUCGGGAACUACGGCUGUGCCUUUGUGCAGAUUGAGGUUGGACGCUCCUCAUGGACCUGUGACCAGCCCUAUCUCACCUUGGUGCCCACUGUCACACUGAUGACACCAGCUGACUCGAAGCUGGACCAGAAUCGCUAUGGGGUUCGGAUGUUUAAGGAAGCAGAUUUCUCGGAGCUGACGGUGGGGCAGAAGUGGGACCGUGUGCGACUCACCUGCAGCCAGCCCUUCAGUCCGUGCAGCCGCUUUGGGCUCUCCUUUAUCCGCUUGCGCACACCACAGGAGCAGGAGCCUGACCCCCCCCGGCCACCCCUGGGCGCAGAGGAUGCUGAGCUCUCAGACAGACCCUGGUUCUCCAGCCCUGCCUUUCCUCAGACUUCCUGUCCUGACCCAUGCUUGAGAACCAAGGAGGAGGAACAGCUGAGGAGUUGCCUGUGGAAGCUGGAAGGGGCUGCCUGGAGCCCAGCCCACCUCAGCCGUUCUGCCCAGAUGGUGCUGCUGGCAGCACGGAACCAGGCACUGAGGCCCAGAGCUGCCACGAGCACCCUGGGGGCUCACCCGGAGCUGCCAGCCAAGGAUGCGGGAGGUCCUGUAGUGCCAGGCUCUGCACUGGAUGUCCCUGCAGGUCCUCCGAGCACCUGCAGGCAGCUGGGCAGGCACUGUGCUCCCAGCCCUACUGGCAGGACUCCAGCUGCCACCUCAAGGACACCAAAGGUAAAAGGAAGAGCCCGAGCCUGUGGCCCCCGAGAGAGAUGUAUCAGGAAGAAUGACAAGGGCCAGGCCAGCAGUGACAGGGAGACAGGUGUCUGCCCCAUCUGCUCAGGCUGCUUCCUGCUGGAUCUGCUCCCCAUGCAUGCCUCUCAGUGUGGAGAAGACCCCACCACAGCCUGGCCUUUCUUGUCCCCCGAUGCCUGGGUGUCCUGCCCCAUUUGUCAGCUUCCCUUCAGAGUGACAGAGGUGGAGCAGCAUGCCAGCAACUGUGGGGAGACACCAGGGGCCCUGUCUUCACCCUAGGGCCUGCAGUACUCCAAGGAGCAGAGACACUGCAGCCCCAGACAUUUGUGACAAGACUGGUAUGAGGAUGGAGAAGGUGCUUCCAGCCCCAUGGCCAGGUUUGGUGGGGGUUGAAGCACUGUAAUU